AGUUAAGUGUUAGCUUUGCUUCUGACAAGUUCUAUUAUAAAAGAGUGUGUUUAGUUGUUGUAAAUUUUAUAUUGUUUUUCCAUCCCUCCUCUACUCGUUUCCAAAAUGUCAAAAUUUGAGCUUUCUUCUCUACUUAACGAAGAACUUAUUAAACGUGCUCUCCAAAGUUAUCACAAUCUAAACAAUUUGAGUGCUUUAGAAAUAAAAGCUUGUGAUUUUAAGCUUUCACCGGCUAAUGGAGAAAACUUUUGCAGCGAAAUUUAUCUAGUGGAGGUACAAUAUGAAAUAAAUGGCAAUGCUGAGCAAAAGUCUUUGAUUGCCAAGAUUUUAAUACCCGAAAUAGCGGACUUAGGCUCAAAUGAAUUUCGAAUGCUUAACACCAUACUGCCAGGUAUGGAAAAGUGUUUAUCUACAGCUGAAAAUGACAAUAAAUUAUAUGCCAAAUGUUUACUAAGUGAAAGUGAUAAGGAAGAAUUCUAUAUAUUGGAAAACUUAAAUAGUUUAGGUUAUUACUGUGCUGAUCGUUGUAAGGGUCUAGAUUACGAACAUGCUGAAAUCGUAAUGAAAAAACUAGCGAAAUUUCAUGCCGCCUCCAUGAUAUAUAACAAGAAAUUUCCCGAUAUAGUAAAAUCUCUUUUAAAUUCGGGUUUUGAAAAAGGUGCCUGUGAUGAAGUUUCUCAAGUUAUUACCUAUGGUGGCUUUGAAUAUGUGGCUGAUAUGAUAAAAAAUUGGCCUUCCUAUGAGAAUCUGUCGCAUAAAGUGCGUUCUGUUAUAAAAAAAUAUAAUGGUUUGGCUUACGAGGUAGUUAAUUCUAAAAAUUCCAUAUUCAAUGUUAUUAAUCAUGGUGAUCUGUGGGUUAAUAAUUUUCUAUAUAAAUAUUCAGAAGAUAAUGGAAGACCUACAGAUGUAUUAUUUAUCGACUUUCAAAAUUGUUUUUGGGGCAGUUGUGGUGUUGAUAUAAAUUGGUUUUUAAACUCUAGUUUGGAAUUGCAAGUUUUAAAAGAUAAACGUUUACAACUUAUCGAAUGCUAUUAUGAGGCCUUAAGCGGGACUUUGAAAAAAGAAAAUUAUCCUCAGCUAGAGAUUCCUUCAAAAGAAGAUGUUCUUAUGGAAAUUAAACGUUGCGAGUUUAUUGGUUUUUAUAUAGCUUUAUGUGAAUUUCCAAUGUUUGCUUUGGAUAGAUGCAAAUCUCAGGGAUUUGACAAUAAUACUUUUACUCAAUCAGAGAAAAUGAAUGAAAUCAGAGUUCUAAUGUAUGAUAAUCCACGUGUGAGAGAUACUUUGGCUUAUAGUUUAAAAUAUUUUGAAGAAAUAAAUUUGUUGUAGAUUUUGAAAUUUAA